UCAUUCCUCCCGUUGGACAUGGGAAGCAAGAAACAUGUGCAGUUAAGGAUCGAGGCAGCAUCAUGACUCCUCAACAGAGUAACGGAGACGAGAGGAAACAAAAAGAACGUGGAAGUGAAAUGUUUGGAAAAUCAGAGACAGAAAAGAAAAUGAAACCGGUGUUGGAGAGGAAACGCUCUGCACCCUCCAUGGUCUUUAGUAAAGCACUCAGCAAAUCUAGAUUACCAUCCAGAGAGCAGCUGAUUUCACCCACAUCUCCUGACAGUAAAUCCUUGGUCCGAGCCUUCAGCAGCCCCACCACAGCUUUCAUCAUGGAUGAACGGGUCCAGCUCACAACAGGACUGCAGACACAGGAACGUCACUUCUUCCUCUUCAGCGAUGUCCUGGUGAUCGCAAAGUUAAAGUCAUCGACGAGCCUAAAGCUGAAGAACCAGGUCAGAUUGUGUGAGAUGUGGACUGCCUUCUGCAUUGAUGAAGUGUGUGAGAGGAAGUCAACUCCAGAAAAUUCAUUUGUUAUCGGAUGGCCAACAACUAACUGUGUGAUCACCUUCAGUUCAUCAAAUGUGAGGGAAAAAUGGCUUUCAGCACUGCAAUGGCAAAUCAAAGAGAUGAAACAAGAAGAACAUCCAAAGAAAAUAUCGAUGAAAGUGUUAGUGAUGACAACUCAGACUGGUGCCUUGGCAUUAACACUCAAGGUGGGUAACACAGAUACGGCAAGAAAGGUCAUUAAAAUGGCAGCUCAACAGCUCAAUGCAAAAGAUAGUGCAAGUAAUUACCAGCUUUGGGUGAUUUCGGGAAAAGAGGCAGCACCCUACCCCCUGAUUGGUCACGAGCAACCAUUUAGUGUUAUCAUGAACUGUGUCAGAGACUUUACUGCACAUGUGGAGCAAUCUGAUGGUAAUGUCUACUCCCUGGGUAGUAACAGGGUUGUCCUCCUCGAAGAUCUCCCAAAGUCUAAGCAAUGUCAGUUUAUUCUGAAGCUAAGACCCCAUCCGGAUAUUCAUAUGAUCAGAGAAUCAACUCCAAAAAUUCUUAGAAAGAGGAAGUCAAUAAUAGAUUGGGCUCUAAGACGCACUUCCAGCAACCAGUCAGAAAGCAGUCUUGCCUCAGAGUCUCCAAUAACACCACGAAAGCUUUUUGGACUGUCGCUGCCCUCCAUCUGUAAGAACGGUAACCUUCCAAAGCCAAUCAUGGAUAUGCUUGUUUUGUUGUACCAUGAAGGCCCCUCCACCAAAGGCAUUUUCAGACGUUCGGCAAAUGCCAAGACCUGCAAGGAACUAAAGGAGAAACUGAAUUCUGGAAAUGAGGUGCAUAUGGACAGUGAAUCUGUGUUUGUGGCAGCUGCUGUCAUCACGGAUUUUCUACGCAAUAUCCCGGGCAGUGUUCUGACAUCUGAGUUGUAUGAAAAGUGGAUGGAAGGAAUAGAAAUUAAGAAUGAAGAGGGAAAGAUACUGUCCAUAAAGAAUCUGAUUGAGCAGCUUCCUGAAGCAAAUAUCCUUCUUCUUCGUCACCUAUUUUGUGUUUUAAACCGCAUCGAGAGAAACUCAGAAGAGAACCAGAUGACGGCUUUCAACCUGGCUCUUUGCAUUGCUCCAAACAUGCUGUGGCUUCCGACCCCCAUGAGCCCAGAGGAAGAGAGCAAAUGCACAAGAAAGGUGGCCAUUCUUGUACAGUUCAUGAUUGAAAAGUCUUCCCAAAUCUUUGGCAGUGGGCUAAAUACUCUCUUUGUGGGAUCACAAACUGUCCAGCGGGGCAAUUCUGAGGACUCUCUAGAUGUGGACUCGAUACAGCCACACUAUUCUUCUGAUGAUACAGAGUCAGUGUCACCUGAUCAAAAUAAACAAAAUCUUCAAAAAGAGCAGCAAAGAAACUCGGUCUUCAUCGCCCUGAAUGACUCCAAGCAGUAUGCUGCUGAACAAACCGAGAACAUGUGGAGUCAGCAAAGGUUCUUCAAUGAAGGAGUGUCAUCCAGGACGUUGCUAGAGAAAAGCGACAGUGGAGACCUCUGUGAGCAAUCGGAAAACGAGUCCUUGUAUUCUUGUUCCUCCGUUUCUUCACUUGCAGCUAUUCAGAGCAUUGAGUCAGCUCGAGACCGUUGUUCGUCAGAGCCCAGUGUUUGCCUGUCGCACCAUCUUGCUUUGUCACAUGAGCCAGUGGCCCGCCAAUCCAGCUGCGAUGCAACCAUGACUCAUGGCCAUAUUGAUUACCUACAGCAGUUGAAAAUGCUUCAGAUUGAAAGCCAGAAUCUAUUAGAUGAUGGGAGAGAACUCGUUUCUAAUAAAAUGAAAUAUGCAUUUUGGAGAUCUCCUCAGAUAAAUGCCAAAAUGAAGCAGCCUAACUCCCAUAGACUGAAUUUCUCAACAAGGUCAAGUUUAUCUAGUCUGUCUUCUCCUACAACCUCUCCAUCAGAAUCAUCACUUAGUUCAAUAGAUAGUGCCUUCUCUUAUUCUGAAUCCUCAAUGUUUGGUCAUAAUGACUCUUUUCUCUCAAUGUUGGGGAAUUCUGGAAGAAACCAGGUGUCCUCAUCUUAUACAUCCAAUAGGUUUUCUGGUAAAUUAGCUGGGGCAUCGCCAUCUUCAGUGACUUCCUGCCUUGAUGAUGUGCAUAGGUAUAAUGGCACGGAGAAAGAAAGGAACAUGGAUUAUGAAAAUGAGGGAGAGGAUUCUGCCCAAAUAUCAAUGAGACACAAAAAUCAAGCAUCUUUGGACACCGGAAAUUCUGAGAAAGAUGCUGAAUGUUUUACGAAUGUGACAUGUGUUGGAAAAGGUCACACGGAGAAAAAUCUUGUCCCAAAUAACACAGAGAUGUUAAAUGGAGAAAGUCACCAGGAAAUAAAUAGUUUGACUGUUCUAAAUGCAACACAAUCAUCAGAGGACCCAACUAAUAGUACUAUUAAACGCACAAAAAUAACCUUCUAUGUGACUCCAGGAAAGAUCUUACCUAUACAGCACCAGGGUGAUCAAGAUGUGCAGAACCCUGAAGUUACUGAAGCUGAACAAGAUGAGAAAAGCCACUAUACCGUUUCAGCACCUAGAAAAGAGACUCUAAGAUGUUCGUCACAGACUAUUAAGCUCCACAUCCCACAAUCUGUGUUUUAUGGACAGAAUUCACCUUUAGUCCUUCAGUCAGUGGGCCGAAGACAAAUCGUUGAAAGGUCCAAAGCCUCUGAGCAGAAUAUUACACCCGAGGACUUUUUACCCAUAAGUCCUUCCAGAGACUCGCAGAGCGACAAGGACUGUUCCAGGCAUUCUCACCGUGCUCAGCAAUGCAGCAAUAGCACAAGUAACAAAAGACAUACUCUUCACAUUGUAGUGCCUCCCUCGGUAAAAAGUACUGUCAAGGACUACUUCUUUCAUAAUGAGGCUAAACUCUGCUUCAGAGACGCUACAACAGUUGCGAGUGAGGUAGUUAGAAGCAGGCAAGAAUGGCAAAGGAGCCAGUGCACCAAGACAUAUUUAGAAGACUUUGAAAAUAUUGUUUACACAGAUGAAUCUUACGUCUAAAAAUUCUAUCAGAUGUUUUCAUUACACCUGGUCAGCUCUUCAUAUUUUGUUACUGAUAUACCAGUUCCUACAUAAAAGAUGACAUGGGUGGUACUUGUGUAUAUUAAGCACCGGCAGCAUUAACAUGGCCUAGAGGAUUUUGUUUCAGUCAUUAGCAAUCUCCUACAUGGUUGUAGGAUAUUCUCCAUCCAUUAUUUUAAUGGAAAAGCUAAUUGCUUAAAGCCUUUUGGAGUAUUGACAGAGGGCCAAUUUUUACUUUUAUAUUGCUAAUAUUGAAAGAAUCCUUGUCUGUAUUUAUAUCAUGACAAUGUUUCUCACAACCACUUCCUCAUUUUUGUUUCCCUCUGGCUUAAGCACAUCCAGUUUUUUUUUGGAAUUUUUGACUUCGAUGUCAAGCUGAUGUUGAUGGCUUCCCUCCAUGAUAUCUGAUCCAAACUUUGUGAUUGAGCACUCAAUUUGCCUUUGUAAGAGUAUUGCACUAACUGAACAGGCAUUUGGAAAGAUUACCAUGAGGUUUCAGGCAUGUGACUGGUCCAGUUAUAGCCCUAAGCACAUUGGGACCUAUAAAUCAGGUGCUGCACAUAUUGAUGAUUGAGGUCAUAGAGUCACACAACUCAGAAACAGACACAUCUGCCCAUCAAGUCCACAUGCUGACCUACAAGCAUCCAUUUACCACAAUAGUGUUUAGUCCCCCCACAUUCCAUUAACUUCCCCUUAAUUUCUCCCACUCACCUACACAUUGAAAACAAUUUACAGUGGCCAGCUAAUUCACCAACCUCCACAUCUUAGGGAAUGCCGAGGAAGCAGAAGAACCUGGCGUAAGCCACACAGUCACAGAGAGAAGGUGCAAAUUCUACAGCACCAGAUAUCAGAACUGAAUGCUACCAGCUGGAUCUGUGAUGUAGCAGGUUUAUGCGCUGUGCCAGCCUGUCACCCAACAGAUAUCUGCCUGUAGGGAGGAAAUCUGCACUAUUUAAAGGGGAAACAAAUUCUACAUGUAUAGGUUUGCUUGAUUACUGGAAUGUUUGGUUGACCAUUCCACCAAUCGCCUUCACCGGAUUGCUGGGUUUGAUAAAUAUAGUCAUAAUCUCUAUCACCAGGAUAUGCCAUUUACUGUCUGUUACAGAUGACCUCAAUCGAGAGGAGGAAGGGGGAGACUAUUAUAAUUGGCUUCUCAUGAGAUUAAGCUGUGCAGGUGUUAAAGGUUUGUUUAUCCAGUGUGUGCACAUGACUAUCAGGCAAGAGCAAAAACAAGCCCGUUUAAUGAUUCUCGUUGGUUGUCCUGGAAAGCACAACAGAGAAUGCCAUUAGAUUGGAUAUUUAUUUGCUCACCUCUCUGGUUUCUUGCCUGACUUUAUACAGAUCACGCAGUGAGAAUGAGAGAGUAUGGCGCUCAAACCCAAAACUUUGGUACAUUCCUUUUACAUGUUUUCCACUUGGGUUUCUUGUUAACAAUGGUACCCAUUUCUCAAUGUCAUAUAAGGUGUUGAUAAUUUUUAUUUUGAAAAAAAAUGCUGUCCCUUUGUUCCUGCAUGAACAAUACUGAUUGUAUAGUGUAUAGAGCAGAAGCAAAUGUUAAACUAUUGCAUUUAUUUUAAUUUGAGCUAUUAGCUACCUUGAAUGUUACACAUUUUGAGGAAUAUCUUAGAUCACCAUAUUUAUUAUAACUAAUGAACACUAAAGUUUUUUUUAUAAUUAUAUAAAGUUUUAUUAAAAUUAGUUAAUUCUAUGUGUCAUUGUAACCUGACUAUGGAGACAAGGUCAAACUCUCAGUGGAAUAAUAUAAACUGAACUCAGUCAGAGUGGGCAAGGGAGAGGAAAAAUAAACAGACUCACAUUAUUGUGUGCUAAUUGUAGGAGCACAUGUUUGUCUGGAUGUUAAUUGAAGAUAACACUGGGUUUUAAUUUGACAGCCCAAUAGCUAACAGUGAGCAAGAAUUAAUUGUCUCAACCUGCAGAUAAAGAAUGACUACCCACAAUAUAUCGUUGCUCAAUGGAACCUAAUCCCAGUAAUAAUUUGAACCACAAUAAGAUGACAGAAAACUAUGGGGCCGGUAUGCAAGGAGUUGGGGCAAGUGGAGUGGAGAGGGACGGGAUUGAAACGUAUAAUACAGCAAUGCUUAGCGCAGCUCAAGACUUUGAGAGGUGCAGUAACCUGGAUAAUAGUGAAUGGGUUCUACAUUCAUUUGGAUUAAACACUUCAGAAAUUAUUGGCAGAAAAAAAUGAUAGUUAUAUUGAGAGAUUUGAGUUUCUGGUGAGAGUUUGUAUGGUCACCUAGGCGCAGUGGAUGUCAGAAUAAUUGGAACAAUGCUUGAAGAGAAAAAUGGUAAUUUUCUUUUCAUUCUGGGAUUAAGUAAAGUAUUUUUCACCUAUGCUAUCCAACUUGCCAAUAAAGUCAUCAAAUUAAAUGGCAUGGAAACAGACCUCUUGGCCAGCUCUUCUAUGCCCAUCAAGGUGCCUACUGAGCUAGACCUAUUGCCUGCAUUUGACCCAUAUCUCACUAAAUCUCCAUACAUGAGCCAGUCCAAAUGUAUUCUAAACACUAAUUGUCUGCAGCUUUCAUUCUAAUCAGAAAACUCAAAGCAUCUGCUAUCAACCUUCAUUGUAAACUGUACUGGAACAGAAAAGAAGUGUCAGACAUGUUUAUGUAAUGACUUCACAUCACGGUAAUUAUUUUUGUGUUGCACUCUCCUCAUGCUGAUGAGGAAGUUACUGCUAUUGUACCAAAAUAUGAUUGGAUUCCAAAUAAAAGGAUGCAGCUGCUUCAGGUGAGUGCUCUUGCUGUCUGCUACAAUAAACAGCCUGAAAUUCCAAACAAUGGAAAUGGAGAAAGAUGUUGGCAGAUAAGUUUCUGAAUGAUAUUGAAUGGCUUCCCACUUAAUUUCUGUUAUACAUAUCUGGUUACAUAGAGCUGUAAUCUAUUGACAACAUUCUUAACAUGAAGGGAAAAAUUGUCAAUAAUAAAA